UUAUUCAAAAGAAGAAGAGUGCUUAAAAAAUGCCUCGUACAACCACCGUGGACUGCAUUGGAUGCCCUCCUCUUCGGGCUCUAACAUUCGAUACACUUGGUCUCAUCAAAGUGUUGGAGGCUCGUGAUAAGCAAGGAGCUCCAAGGGUAGUAGAGAGGUGGGGUGAGCCUGAUUCAUCCAAAGGUAUCAUGGCUGUUUCAAUGAUUCAAUGCCAUUCCAACCCGUUAUUAGCUGUAGCUAGGAAAAAUGGCCAGAUUGAGAUUUUGAGUCCUGUAAGUGGAGAUCUACAGGCAACAAUUUCUAGUUCUAGUGAUUUGGAUCUUCAGUCUGAUGUUGUUGGUUUGCAUUUAUUUGCAAAAGCAAAUCUGGAGUUAUCUACAAGGCCUUGUACGCUACUUACAUGCACAUCAAAAGGGAAUGCAAGCGUAAGGUCCAUUGAUAUUACUGAUUCAUCGAUAGAAUCUUCUUGUCUUGAUUCUUCAAAAGCAUGGAAUGUAUGUGCUAGUGGUAGCAUAGAGUGUUGCAAGGUGGACGGAAGUGAGAAGUUUGCUCUAUUUGGUGGGAAAGGUGUUGAGGUUAAUCUCUGGGAUCUUGACAAUUACAGUAAGAUUUGGAAUGCAAAAUCUCCUCCCAAGGACAGCCUUGGGAUAUUCACACCAACCUGGUUUACAUCGGCCGCAUUUCUAAGGAAAGAUGACCAUCGGAAGUUUGUUGCUGGCACCAACAGCCAUCAGAUUCGCCUUUAUGACAUCUCUGCACAGAGAAGGCCUGUUCUUUCUUUUGAUUUCCGUGAGACACCAAUUAAAGCAUUAGCAGAGGAUAUAGAUGGAAAUUCAAUCUAUGUAGGAAAUGGGUCUGGUGACAUGGCUUCUUUUGAUAUACGAACAGGUAAAUUGCUAGGAUGUUUUACUGGGAAGUGCUCGGGAAGCAUCAGAUCCAUAGUUAGGCACCCUGAGCUUCCUGUGGUAGCUUCAUGUGGAUUGGACAGCUAUCUGCGACUUUGGGAUACAAAGACUAGGCAGCUUCUUUCUUCUGUUUUCCUUAAGCAACAUCUUUUGCAUGUGGUUUUUGAUUCCGGCUUCACUGUUGAAGAAAUACCCCAAGGGGCAGAUCUACCAUGCAAGGAGCAAUCUGUGAACGAGAUCGGUGUUAUGCAAGGGAUUGAAGCACCAUCUUUGAAAAGGAAAAAGUCUUCAAAGAACAAAGGAAAUGUUACAGAUAGUGAGAGGAAGAAAAGAUCUAAGAAUAGCAAAGAAGGCAAAAAGUCUAAAGAAAUGAUGAAGGUGAGAAGAUUGUGUCAAAGAGUAAAUCGAAAUCCAAGAAAAAAAGCAAGAGCACGAAAUGUGAAAUUGAUGAAGAAGGGUUGUGAUUCAUAUGGAUCAAAUUCCAUGUGAUGUUACUACAAAGUAUCAGAUUCUACAACCAUUAUAAUACAUGAUGAUGAUGAUGGACACAUGCAAGUGUUAGUUAGGAAUUUGUGUGUUUUAAUUGGAUCAUCUUAGAGGUGAAACUUAGGGAAUUUAAUUAUUUAUGUGGCAUGGAUGAGGCAAGUUUGUUCAAUGCUCUGGUUUCUCAAGGCAUGUAAGGUUAGAUUAGUGUUAAGUUAUUUAAUAUAUAGAGGUUUAGUCCUACAACUUUUCAUGGAAAAUAUUCAGUGUUCUGUCUUGUAGGUGUUUUGUGAUCAACUGUUUUUGCUCAUAUGAUAAUGCUCAAUUUUGUUAAUCAGUGUAAUCAAAAUUGUUGAGAUUGUAGUAUUUA